AUGCCUGGAAUGACAGGCUAUGAUUUGCUCAAGAAAAUAAAGGAAUCUUCAUCCCUUAGAAACAUACCAGUAGUGAUUAUGUCAUCUGAAAAUGUUCCUUCAAGGAUCAAUAGAUGUUUAGAAGAAGGAGCAGAAGAAUUUUUUCUCAAACCAGUGAGACUAUCAGAUGUCAAUAAGCUUAAACCCCAUAUGAUGAAAGCCAAAUUCAAAGAUCAUGAAAAGCCAGCAAAACAAGAAGAAGAAGCAUCAGAAACACCAGAGGUACAGCAAUCACAACCACCACAACCUCAAAGUAAUAAUAACAAGAGGAAGGCCAUGGAUGAAGGGCUUUCAUCAGAUAGAACAAGACCCAGAUACAGUGGCCUCACUGUGGUCUCUAAUUGA